UGUUUUGCAUUUAAUUUUAGCAAAAUGUCUCAGGGUGACAAAGUAGCCGAUAUUCAUGAUGAAGAAGAUACAAAUUAUAGGCCUCCUCCUGAAAAAUCUUUAAAAGAAAUAGUUGAAGCAGAUCAAAAUGAUGCUAGUUUGCAGAAGUAUAAAGAAGCCUUAUUAGGACAAGCGUUGAAAGAAGCUGUAGUAGUUGAGCCUAAUAAUCCUAGUAGAGUGCUUGUGAAGAAACUUGCUUUGGUUGUUGAAGGACGUCCAGAUGUAGUUUUAGAUCUGACAGGUGAUUUGGAAGCUUUGAAGAAAAGAGUCUUUGUAGUUAAGGAAGGUAUUCAGUAUCGAAUUAGAAUAGACUUCUUUGUACAGCAUGAAAUCGUUACCGGUUUGAAGUAUGUUCAAAAAGUUCUGAGGCACGGAUUGCAACAGGAAAAGAUAACUCAUAUGGUUGGAAGUUAUGCUCCCAAACUUGAACUUCAAUCUUAUUCAACACCAGUCGAUGAGAUGCCCAGUGGAAUGUUUACCAGAGGUACUUACACAGUAAAAUCUCUCUUCACCGAUGAUGAUAAAAAUGAACAUCUGAAGUGGGAAUGGAGUUUUGAACUCAAGAAAGAUUGGGAAUGAUUCCUUCAAUACAAGUGUCAUGUAUCUGAAUUUCUUUUUACAAAUCACAUUAUUUUGUUAUUAGAAACAUUGUUACCGCUGAACAUCUUAUAGUGUAUUAUGUCUAGAAGUGCUAAUUGUCUAUUAUAUAUUAUAUACAUAUAUUUAUAAACAUGAAUCAAAAAUUUCUAUUUCUUAUUUACAGUCAUAUGAAUCAAAAUGCAAAUCCACAAGUGUCUUGACCAAAAAUUUACCUAGCUUGAUAUUAACCAGUUUUUAUCUCAAUUGAGCAAGAUAAUCAUAACUUGCCUACCCUGUGCUUAUAAUGCAAGACUGAUUAGUGAUCUCAUUGUGUCAUCAAAUGUGCCUUAGAAUAAUUGUUUAUACAUUAGUUAAAUAUUUUGCAUUUUAAAAUGUCUAAAAAAAUUUAAGCUCAAUGCAUUUUAAUCCUAAAAGGCAAUCAUUAAAGUGCAUGUGUCAGCCAAAGUAAUUAAUUUGUAUUCUUACACGACUGAUUUUUAUCAUGUUGAGUUUUAUGUUCAUGGAAUGUGCAAUUGUGAUAUAUCCAAUUGCACUAUGUGCAAUGUGUAAUAAUAAUAUGUUCUAGAAAUGAGCAUACUGUAACAGUUUAAAUACUUUUUUAUUGAACACACAUUUUGUACUUUUUGUUAGCAAUAAAUGAAUCAUCUUUGA